AUGCAUCACAUGGAGUCGCAAAGACAGGCGAUUCGUGAUACCUGGGGUAGUGUGUCUACCCUGGGUACAUGGCCAGGGUCAACAGAGAAAUUUUCUAUUAAAUUACUGUUCGUCUUAGGUGUUAGUAAAAACCAAUCCUUAAACAUCGCUGUCUCUAAGGAAGCAGAGGAAAGGGGAGACUUGAUCAUAGCUGGAUUUGACGAAAGCUACUACAACUUGACACGCAAAGUGUUGAUGGGGUUUAAGUGGAUUAGUGAGUUCUGCACCACAGCCAAGUACGUCAUGAAAGUUGAUGAGGACACGUAUCUAAACAUCCCGAAGUUUGUAACGCUGAUGAAUUCCCGCAAAUGGGACAAUCUCAUAUAUGGCCCAUACUUUGUGACUUCCCCUGUAGACAGAGGCGGGAAGUACAUGGUGCCAAAAGAAGCGUAUCCAAUAGUCGUGUAUCCGCCGCACGUGAAGUGA